AUGCAGCCCAGGAGAAACCCUUACCGGCUGCUGGGGGACGGGCGCUGCCUGGCGGACUCCCGACACCGGGCGACAAUGGUAGCAUCGCGACUCAGCUCCUCCUGGUCACUGGCCGCUCAGUGUUGGUCUCUGUUUGUUGGGUGGGCUCACGGAAAACGGAACCUAACAUAUGGGGGCUCGUCCGGUCCGUUUGAGGACCCCCCACUCAACAACCAGAGGUGGCAGGAGGCGGGAGUGACCUGUCCUUUUGAUUCCAGGGGCGCCUGCCUGGCCGGGGAUUAUACGGCCUGCCUUUGCCUAAGCAUCGUGGUCCACUCCAUUCCGGAUCCAGUUCCGUACCCUCCCAAGAGGCUCGGCGACAAAACGAGGGAAGUGAUUGUUGAGUGUUUGCGGCGAGCCCCGGAGUCUCUGGGGAAAUUGUCCGGUUUGAGUCCGGGGGACCGUCAGUUUGGGUCUGACAGGGAAAUUGUCCGGUUUGAAUCCGGCGGGACCGUCAGGCCGGCACCUGACGAUAAGCUAAGCCUCCAGGAGCGCACGGGGGACACCCUGUCUCGCUUAUGGACUUGGGACUGCUCUGUCAUAUCUGCGGUCCGCGCCCGGGUCUUGGCCCCAGGAACGGAGGGGCAUCCCAAUCAGGUUCCUUAUAUUUUCACCUGGCAAUCCCUGGCCCAGGAUCCCCCACCUUGGCUAAAACCCUAUACAGACUCUAUCCUGGCUUUGGCUGUUACCCUAGACCAUGGUAACCAGACCAACGGGAAACCUUCAGUGCCCCCUAUACUCCCGGCGCCUGAGGAGCCUCCUUUGGAUCCCCCAUGUCUCCCUCUCCCACCGCCAUAUAUUCCCCCGCCCUUAUCUCUCCCCCUCCCCCAGGUGAAGCCCAGCUGGCGGCCCCUCCACCAGCUCCAAAUCCCUCCCCCCGCACACCGCACCCGAGGCCAGACACACAACCCCGAUGUGGUCCCCUCUUCAACAAUCUUCUUGCCCGUUUGGCAAAAAUUAGUUUUCGGGGACGAUGGCCGUCCCACUACCGAUGCCGCUUGUCUAGAAGCAACCUUCCCAACUAGCCGCCCCAACUGGGACUUCUCGACAGAACAAGGGGCCCCCACCAGUCAGACAGCCAUUCUCUUAGCCUUUGUUAACCAAGCUGCGCCUGAUAUCCGGCGUAAACUACAGAAAGUGGAUGCUUUUACAGUCCAGUCUCUGGAAGAACUAUUAAAGGUUGCUGAGCGGGUCUUUAACUCCAGAGAAACCCCUGAGGAUCAGGCAGAGCGCCUCAGACAAGAGGAUCUUAUUAGGCAAGAGCAGAAACAGAAGGAAUCUGAGGCCAGGGAGGCGGUGCUACCCCGCCGCACAGGGGCACCUGCUUCCGGUGCAGACAACCCGGACACUGGCACCAUGACUGUCCUAAUGGUCGGGGGUCCUUCACACAACAACGCCCAAGGGGCCGAAGGGAGAGGAGCAGAACACUCAGUCUUGUUAAAACCCCUGGGGACCACUUCCUCUAAGACAUCCUUAGUUCAGGGAGUGACAGGCUCUCACCGAUAUCCUUGUACUACUCAGAGGACCGUGAAUCUGGGAACACACACUGUAUCACACUCCUUCCUAGUCAUCCCCGACUCCCCGGCCCCCUUACUUGGCCGCGACCUCCUCCACAAACUGGGAGCCCAUAUUCAGUUCUCCUGAGACUCCGUCUCAGUGACGGACUCCAGAGGCCAACCUUUAACUGUUCUCACCUUGGCCCUUCAAGACGAACACCAUCUGUUCUCGGACCCUAACCCCCUGGACAUCCCACCCCAUAUCAAGCCUUGGGUGAAGGACCUACCACAAGUUUGGGCAGAAGUAGCGGGCGUUGGAUUGGCUGUGUACCAACCCCCCAUCAUUAUCCCACUCAAAGCAGGGGCAACCCCCAUUAGGGUCCACCAAUACCCUAUGCCCCUAGUAGCCCGUCAGGGCAUCCGGCCUCACAUCAAUAGAUUUAUGGAGGCGGGGAUCCUGAUCCCCUGUAAGUCACCCUGGAAUACUCCCCUUCUCCCAGUCCGAAAACCAGGAGGGGACUUCCAGCUGGUACAGGAUUUAAGGGAAGUCAACAAGAGGAUUGAGGACCUCCACCCCACUGUCCCUAACCUGUACACCCUUUUGAGCAACCUCCACCCUUCAUUAACAUGGUACUCUACCUUAGAUCUGAAGGAUGCUUUCUUCACACUCCCCCUAUCACCUAUCAGCCAACCUGUCUUUGCUUUUGAGUGGUCAGAUCCCUCCUCCCAAACUACAAUUCAACUAAAGUGGAUGAGGCUACCACAAGGCCUAAAACUCAGCCCCACCCUCUUUAUCGACGCCCUAGCUCGGGAUUUGGGAGAUUUUCGGUCCACCCAUCCUGAAGUUACUCUUUUGCAAUAUGUGGAUGAUCUCCUGGUGGCCUCCCUCAGUGAGGAACAGUGCAAACGCGAUACCAGGGCGCUUCUCCUCACUCUACAAGAGGCAGGAUACAAAGUUAGCGCAAGGAAAGCAAAAAUCUCCCGCACCGAUGUUACCUUCCUGGGCUAUAGGUUUCACGGAGGGUCCCGUUGGUUAACCCCCGCUAUGACUAAGACUAUCCUGGCCAUUCCUGCUCCCACUUCCCCUCGACAGGUCCGAGAAUUUCUGGGUACUGUGGGGUAUUGCCGUCUUUGGAUCCCGAACUUCGCAGAGAUUGCAAAUCCCCUCUACUAGGGUGCCAAAGAUUCUGGGAGCUGGGCCUGGACACCAGAGAUGGACUCGGCCUUCCAGGCGCUCCGACUGGCCAUGCUACAAGCCCCUGCCCUGGCCUUGCCAGACCCAGAAAAACCAUUUACAUUCUUUAUAGAUGAAAAAGGGGGAGUAGCGAAGGGAGUUCUAACCCAGAGACUGGGUCCGUGGGAUCGACCAGUGGCAUACUUAUCCAAACGGAUGGACCCUGUAGCAGCAGGAUGGCCGGCUUGUCUCCGCAUUAUUGCGGCAGUAGCUCUCUUGGUCAAAGACGCCGACAAACUCACCCAUUGACAGGCCCUGGUCAUUGCCUCUUCCCAUGCAAUCGAGAGCUUCCUCCGCCAGCCCCCAGUCAGGUGGCUUUCACACUCCAGGCUGACCCAUUACCAAUCCCUGCUCCUCAAUGAGUCCCACAUCUCCUUCAGGGUCAUCUCUACCCUGAACCCGUCCACCCUUCUUCCCACUGGUGACACAAUCGAACCCCAUUCCUGCCAGGACAUCUUGGUGGAAGCUAUCUCAGCCCGCCCGGACCUGAAGGACACCCCCCUUCCCAACGCCGAGCUCACAUUUUUCACAGAUGGAAGUAGUUUUCUCACCGCUGCAGGCACCAGGGCAGCAGGAGCAGCUGUUGUGGACCAGUCCCAGAACCUUGUCUGGGCCACCAGACUUCCUGAGGGCACAUCGGCCCAAAAGGCGGAACUGGAGGCCCUGAUGGCAGCCCUCCAGGUGGCCAGAGGGAAGUGUGUCAAUAUCUACACGGACAGCCGCUAUGCUUUUGUCAUCCUCCACGUACACGCCCCCAUCUAUCGUGAGUGAGGCUAUGUCACUUCCGCAGGGAAGCCCAUAGCGCACCUGGAACACAUCUAAGAACUUUUGGCUGCGGUCUGGGACCCCCGACAGGUAGCUGUGAUUCACAUACCAGGUCAUCAGAAAGGUAAUGCUCAUCCAGCACUGGGGAAUCGAUGGGCGGAUGAAGCAGCCCGGGAGACUGCCUUACAUGUUGAUUUUACAGAGGUCAAGCCAGGGAAAUUCGGAUUCCGUUACCUCCUAGUUAUGGUUGACACAUUCACUGGAUGGCCCAAGGCGUUCCCCACCAAAACUGAGACCGCCCAGAUGGUGGCUAAGCACCUCCUCGAGGACAUCAUUCCUCCAUAGGUUCCCCCAUCCAUCGGAUCCGACAAUGGCCCAGCUUUUGUGGGGCUUAUAGUAGGGUCCUUGGCUAAGGGACUGGGGACCUGGUGGAAGCACCAUUGUGAAUACAGGCCUCAGAGUUCAGGACAGGUAGAGAGGAUGAAUCGGAUCCUAAAAGAGUUUCUUACUAAACUCACACUGGAGACUGGGCAGGACUGGGUGACGCUCCUCCCACUGGCCCUCUUUAAGGCCAGAAAUACACCUGGCCACCUCUCCCUAACACCCUAUGAAAUCCUCUAUGGUUCCAUUUCUCCUAUCCUGCCCUCCCCUCCUACUGCCGACAAGCUCAAACCUCAUCUACGAGAUUUUGUUCUCUCUCUCUCUCAGGUACAUGCAGACCUGUGGCCCCAAUUAAAAGCCAGAUUUCAGCCCCCGAUGCACGAACCUAAUCCCUACCAACCUGGCGACUGGGUCUGGGUGAAACGCCAUCGAAAAGAGACGCUGCAACCCCGGUGGAAAGGGCCUUUUGUCGUUUUCUUAGUCACCCCACCAGUAGUCAAGGUGGACAGCAUCGGACCCUGGAUUCAUCGCUCUCAUGUUCGACUAGUGGAACCCCCCAAAUCUGACUGGAAGGUGCCGGACCCGCAGAUCACCCCCCUCGGCCAUGAUCCCGCCAAGAGUGACCCAAUUCCCACCAUAGAGGUCACUCCGCGCCCAGCUGUCGCUCCCUUGCAGGCCAGACCUUCCCACCCAAUUCAUGCCAGGAACUCUCCACCGAACCAUAGGCCAUGGAAAUGGACGCUAACCCCAGUAGAAUCUCCAGGGGAGGCCAUUGAUGUCAUCACCACCUCUGCCCCCACCUUCCCUGCCCACUCACUACCCCUCCAUCACCAUCAGUCAGCCCGGGACCACCGACCCCCACUAACAGUACCCCAUCAGCCCCCGUGUAUCAUCACCACAACCCACCCCUGCCCCAGCACCUAUAUUGGAGCUCACUACAAGCCACCUUUAUAG